AUGUCUGACGCGGAAGGAGUACGAGAACCUCGUCGCUCUCAACGCCAAAAAAAACAGGUGGCGCACUUCGCAGUGAACAGUACGUUGACGAAGAGGAAAAGAUCUGACGCGACAGACCAGGAUGCGAAUAGUGAGCUUUCUGAUUCAGAGGACAACGACGAGGGGCCCGACGAGGAGGAUGAUGAUGCGCCGAAGACCAAAUCUCCCGCCAAACGCAAACGCAAGGCCACAGGUGCGCCCCAGGCCAAGAAGCCCCGGAAGACGAAGAUGCCUGCCCCAAAGGCGACAGCUGCAAAGCCUAAGAAGACUGCGACGCGUAAGGCGAAGCAGCCCGCCCCCGACGCUGAAGACUUUGACGCCGAGAAAGUCGCAAAGGAUACUAAGAUCUCGGGGGAUAACCCCCUAUUCAACGCUAUCAUGAACCCGGCAGCGGCGCUUCAGUCAACCGUGGAGGAUUUUCUAGAAGCCAUGGUUCGUACGCCUGGGCUCAGCCUCGCAGAGCUGAUUAAUUGCGUGCUGCGUGCAUGCGGUUGCAACGAUUCCGUGAACGAAGACGAGGUGGUUGACUAUGACGGUGUUGUCGACGCGCUCGACAAUUUCACGGAAGGGCUUAAGAAGGACGACUCUCCCGUGUAUCCCCUCACGUCUAAGUUAUCGGUUUUCAAAAAAUUCCGUAAAUCUUUGUCGGAGUUUUUAGAGCGGCUCAUCGCGUCCUCAGCAGAGCUCGGGUCGCUGUACACGUCCGAUCUGAUGCCGACGCUGCAGACGUGGGUAGUGGCGAUGUCCUCGUCCCAGUUGCGCAGCUUCCGACACACCGCGACGGUGAUUGCACUGGAGAUGGAGACAGCACUGUGUGACGUCGCAGCGGCAGUGGAAAAGGAGGCGGAGGUGGUUGGGCGCCAGCGCGAGGGGGAGCGGAAGCGCAAGGCGGCCGCAGUAAAUAAGAGCAAGGGUGGCAGUGCGCGCGAGAAGGAGCUGGAGGGCAAGGCAGCGGAGGUGCGGCAGCGACGCACGACAGUAGCAGAGUUCCUGAAGGAGUUCGUCGACGGGGUGUUUGUGCAUCGUUACCGCGACCUAGAUGCGAGCAUCCGCACAGAGUGCGUGCGGGCUAUGGGACUAUGGUUCAAGAAGUAUCCCGCACACUUCCUUGACGGGGCAUACUUGCGAUACGUUGGUUGGGUGCUCUCCGACGCUGACACGCACGUGCGUCUGGAUGCGGUGCGCGCGCUCGCACUCGCAUACGAACAGACUGCGUACAUCGGCGCGGCGGCCCUGCAGCACUUCACCGAACGCUUCAAGCCGCGACUCGUGCAGAUGGCCGUGGGCGACACGGAGCUGAGCGUGCGCGUCGCCGUCGUGCAGGUAUUGCAGGCAAUUGACGGCCACGGUCUGCUAGAGGAUGAGCAACGCGAACGCCUGUGCCUUCUAGUGUUUGACGAGGAGGCGCGUGUGAGGAAAGCUGUGAGUGGUUUUGUGCGGGGCGUGUGGGAAGAAUGCCUCGAAGAGCGUUUGGUCGGAAAGAAGCCGAACGCGAAGGAUAAGCAGCGCGCGGAGGUCAAGGCGCUGGGGAUGCUGCUCGUGAAAUGGGGAAAGACGCUGGACAAGACCACUGAGGAUGUGGAUACCGAAGACGAGGACGCGUCUGUCAUCGAUGAGGGAUCGUCGAGCCGAAAGAGAGCGAAGGAGGUCGCUUCACUCCUUAGUUCUGGCCAGAAGGGGCGAACCGCUCUUGCGGUUGAGGCUCUUUGGGACGAAAUGGAACCUGUGAGCGACUGGGAGACGUUGCUGGAUGUACUUCUUCUCGAUCACUCUGCAAUUGGCGACGAUUCUUCAUCACAAGACCGAGGAAGUGGUGGGUCCGGGAAGCAGCCAACUGGGGUAGAUGAGGCAUGGCGACUAGAAGAAGUCGAAGAAGCCGUAUUACUGGAGAUGUUCGUUGCAAUCCUUCGGAAAGCACAAGCCGAUGUUGCUAAUGCUAAGAAGGGAGAAGAUGAGACCGUGUCGUCUAGUAUGACACGAGCUCUCAUCAAAGGUCUACCACGACUCUUUGUCAAGCAUCAGACGGAUGAGAAUAGGAUAGCUGAUGUUCUCCUCAUACCGCAAGUAAUGAAUCUCGACUUGUAUCUGGAAAUGCGGAUGAUGACAGCAUACGCAAGUCUGUGGGACGAUGUUACGAAGCAGUUCCUCUCACAUUCCCACCCGGUAGUCCUUGGGAACGCAGUCGCAACCAUCCGCUAUAUGAUGGAUGCGACCAGCCUUUCCAACACGAAUAGCACGAAGAUCCUGGAGUUGGAGGACGAAUUGUCUACAACGCUGCGCGAUGCGAUUUCGGGCAGAGACGAGAUUGAAGUAGCAAGCUUUAGUGAAGACGAAGUUCUCUCCCUUGGAGCAAUAUGUGCUCGUCUGGCAGCAUUGAUCGGGAUACGGGACUUGACGUCGUGGAUGGAAGAAGAUGAGGGUGGCAAACAGAGCAGCGCAUGGGACAUCCUCAACGCACUGGCAGAACGUGGGCGUUUGGGCUAUAAGGAAGAGGAAUCGAUGAUUGAUCGUGCACUGCAAGUGCUUACGUUGCAUAUUAUAUGGAAAGCACGGGGUUUAACUGCUCCGGAUGUUGAACAAUCCCCGGAAGAGGCCCGUUUCACGGAAAGGCUUCGCGAACAACGAGAGUCUCUUUUGGAGAAACUGGUUGAGUUUGCUGUGGGGACUCAAUCCAAUACAUCCGAAGGUGUCAGAAGAGCGGCAUUCCAAAAUCUCAUGCAUCUGCACACGCUGUUCUAUCCAGGUGCAUCCAUCGCGCCAGAUGGCAGUCGGUUGCCUACUGCGUCUUUACCCCUUGAACUUGGUGAUGAAGUGCAGUAUCGGUGUGCAGGCUUCGUUCAGGCAGAGAUCGAACAUUAUGCAGAGCAGCUCGAAGAACUCACGCCGGCGCACGACGGCCAGAACGAAGAGAAUGAUGCUAGCGACAGCAACGAAUCGGACAGUGCCGUACCUGCAAAGAAGAAGAACACGGGCAAGGGCAAGCAGCCAGCGAAAGGUCACUCUGAAGGAAGUCGCAUGACAUCUCGUUCGCAACUCGAGGAAGAAUACACUUUCAUUGGUGUCAUCACUACCUUUUUGCGCGCCAUCCGUAUAGGUGUCAUCCAUUUCAGGCAUGCUAGCAUUCUUCUGGCUCAUUACGGUCGCCUUGGAUCGAUGUUCGACCUGUGCUCAAAGGCAAUCGUCGACAUCCUACGCGAGGAGGGCAUGUACAAGAACAACGGCACAGAUGUUGUAGCUGUGAUAUGUCAAGCACUGCGAGAAUCUUUCACCCUAGUGCUUGAAGGUGUCGUCCAGACAGAGGAGCAUUCAGUUGCUCUGGCAAAGGCACUCACAGCAUGUCUUAUCAUGCGUGGGGCCCAGUUAUCAGUUGUGCGGCGGCUUGACAGCAAAUAUGUUGUUGAGAUCCAUACUGCCUUGCUUAGUUGGAUUGGCAAACGUCUGGCUGCCUGCGAAAGUGCGAAGAACAAGAAGUCUCGGAACAAAGCCCUUCUAUUCUUCAAGGUGCUACAUCCGCUCCUUGUGAGUAUCGACAACCGAGACUCGUUGAAUAUUAAGGCGCAUUUGGACCAAGUACUGGCUCAAGCCAAAGUAGAAGUGCUGGCUACGGCGAAAGCAUGGGAAUCAUAUCGUGCCUACGAAAAGAGGUUGACUGCAUCAACCGCAAAAGAGAAAGGUGCUGCUGCAAAACCAAAAAAAGUUCCCAAGAAAGGAGCAAAGAGCGCGGAGAAAAUCACGACCGAUGCCGAGGAAGAUGAAGCGGUUGAGCGGCCUGAGAAUGUGCCUCGGGCCCCCCGACUACGACCCAGACCAAAGCCUGCCUAUCAGCCUGCUCGUGCAGCAGAAGCUGCUACGGACGGUGAACCGGAAGCGACGGAAGAUGAGGAUGACCCGUUCUUGGGCUCCGCCGUACCGAACGUUGCCACCCCGAGUUCCCGACCUCGACGUAAGGCUGCGUCUGGCAGUAAUUCCCCACGAAAAUCUCCAUCAAAAUCACCUUCCAGAUUGACGUCAAUCUCCGAGCCUCUCACACCUUCCCCGGAUGAGAAUGCUACGCCUGUCGCCUCGCGAAAGCGCGGUCGUUCUUCAGACGCGGAAGAACUAGAAGGAACUCUUGAUACCCUCGGGGAUGGUGAGGAUAGUGCCGCUGCCUCACCGUCAGCAGAGCCUUCGCUGUCUCAGGGAACUCAAGCAACCGAGCUCCAAAUACGCAGGAAGAGAAUCCGUCAUUGA